AUGGCACCGGCCGCGAACGGCGUUCCCGCGAAAGCGAAGUCGAUGGCUGGCGUACCACCAGCGCGGAAGCCUCCUCUCAAGACGCGGAGACUGAGCACGCCAAACGUCCCCAAUGGCCUGACCACCGCGUCUCUGCCGAACCCGCCUUCCGCAUACGAGAUCAUGGCCCAUCGCAUUGCGAAUCGCGUGGCCGAGUUCGCCGAGAACAUUACCUUUGCUGAGCGACCAAAGGCUGCACCGCAGUCCGAAGCGCCCGGCGCUCAUGAUGCCGGAGACGCCGUCUCAAGCGCGCCCGGCGGCAAGAAGCAGCCGCGCAAGCUAGAGAUCCGCCUGCCGCAAACCUCGCCCGAUUCAGUUGCUUUCAGCGCACCUUUCCUCGACAACACGCUCUCCAAGAUGCUCGACCUGCAGGGCAGGAUGCUGAAGAGCGGGAACGAGGUGAACAAAAACGAGAACGUGGACGAGAAGCUGAAGAAGGAGCUUUUUGCGCAAAGUGCUGAGCUGAGCAAAAUCAUCGCCCUCAUUUGCGCCGAGAAGGCCAGGCAGAGCGCGUAA